GACUCUCUCAAGUUUAAUUUCUUCCCCUUUGCAGAAAGUUCGUGUUUUUCAACAUCCCUCAGAUCCAGUACAAGAACCCCUGGGUGCAGAUCAUGCUGUUUAAGAACAUGACACCGUCGCCCUUCCUGCGGUUCUAUUUAGAUUCUGGGGAGCAAGUCCUGGUGGAUGUGGAGACCAAGAGCAACAAGGAGAUCAUGGAGCACAUCAGAAAAAUCCUGGGCAAGACUGAGGAGACCCUCAAGAGAGAGGAGGAGGAGAAGCAGCAGCUUUCUCACCCGGCCCACUUUGGGCCACGGAAGUACUGCCUGCGGGAAUGCAUCUGCGAGGUGGAGGGGCAGGUGCCCUGCCCGGCCCUGAUGCCGCUGCCCAAAGAGAUGAGGGGAAAGUACAAAGCCGCCCUGAGAGCCGCAGCCAAGGACUGAGGCCCCGGGGCCCCUGGUUCUGUCCCCAGAGACUCUGAACAUCUCUCUGCGAUAAAAGGGGCCCCUUCACACACCUGUGUGAAAGCACGUGGGGGGAGGGGGGCUUCGGCUGUGCUGCUCAGUGAACAUGAACACCCCCGCCUUCAGGGCAAUAAAACGUUCCGGGCUCGCUCAGCAGCAUGGCGUCUGACCGCCCUGCGUGGGGACGGGUUUGGGAUCGGGAGGCUGCGAGGCCACAGCCUGGGGAUGCCCCGUCUUGGCCCUGCGGCCUUUCCUGGUCUCCCGGGCUUCGGCUCUUCUUCCUGACCCUGCUCUGCGCUGCUGUGCAGGGGUCUGGCCGGAGCCGUCCGGCUGGUCGUGUAGACGCCCCUCCAGGCAGGCAUUUUGGGACUUUUCAGAGAUCCCUGGGCGAGCCUCCCUGCAGUGCCUGCUUGUUAAACUAAGGCCACCUGACUUCCGGGUGUGGCUGUGCCAGAGACACGGCCCGUGGAGGCACACCCUUCCCUGGGGAGCCCGCCUGGCGGGGACUUUCGGGCCCUGGCCCGAGGGCUGGUGGCGGCCAGUUUUGCCCUCCGGCUCCCGUGUGGAGGUUGAGACCGCGGUGCUUAGAAGAGCGGGGCCGUCUGAGCUCCUCUGCGGACUGGAGCCUCGGCCUCGGCCUAACGCUCGCCACGAGACGGGGAGAAAGGCGGUGCCUGCCCCCUGAGGCACCGGCCGUGGGCAGCGGGGGACUGGGGUGUCUGGUGUAAAUGUGGGAGGUUACCCCGUUGAAUUGGGAGAAGUUGGCCUGCUGUCACGUCUGAUGCUCAGGUUGUGGGUCGCUGUGGUUUUGUACCAGCCCUGUGUGCAGGGUGAUGGCUUGGGAGGCUUGGGAGGGAACGUGGGCGUGUGGAAAUGGGCAGGGGUCCUGAAUGACCACACCGCAGCACCAUUUUGGAGGGUAGCUGGAAACUCCUGUCCUCCAUGCGGAGCCCUGCUGCGUUUCUGACACCACGGCUGGCCGAUGGCCGCCCGGGCUGUCACAGUGGUUCACGGGGCUUUUCAGAAAGCGUUGGUUCCUUUGGUCUGGCUCCAGGGCUUGUGAGACAUGGCCUUGGGAAGACGGUCCUUCCCUCCACAGGGGCCCCCAAGGGUUGCUCGGGGGAGAUGGCCCUGACCCAAGCCAGGUUUUGGCCCCUUUAGAGAGAGGAGAAACGUCCGGUGCCUGAUGGGUGGCACUGUGGGUUACUGUUUGCUGGACUGUUUCGUAGGUGGCAGGUGACGUUCAUGGAGUGAAGUCUCCUUAAACGUU